AGAAACAGACGCUGCAUUCAACUGAGGAAACGUAAAAAGACUAAAUCGACUAUUCUAGUUUUAAACCCCGUGCCCGUGUAAAGAAAGGACAAGCAGCCCAGUUGAAUCACUCCUUCCUCUGGAUGCCCCCACCCUGUCGGUAUCAGAUUUCGUCUUUCUUAACACUCGGUUCUCUUUUCGCGGCCGCUCGAGAGCCCCCGCCCUGCUCGAAGACCUAAUGCCCGGAGCAGCGAUGUCCCCUCAGCCUCAGGUGACAGCGAAUAUCCGAAAGUUUCUGAAAAGUUUUCUCGGGGUCCUUCGGAUCCUCCAGAUCGUGUUCGGAGCCGGGCUGUGGGUCACCAUCGCUGCAAACAAAUACCAAGGACCUGUCCAUUUUGUUCUGUUCGUCUCGGUUCUCUUCUGGCUUCUCACCCUCGCGCUUUUCUUCGUCACGCUCCUGGACCGGCAGAACCUCGUGCCCAUCGUGGGAGGCGACCGGUGGCUGCUAAGCAACUUUGUUCACGACGUUGCCGCCGCUGUGCUUUAUCUGCCGGCUCUUGGGGUGAUGAGUUACCAAACAGAGCGCUACACCUACUGUAACCUGGACCUGUACAAGCACGGGUGCCUGUUCAAAGCCUAUCUGACUGCCGCCGUGUUCGCCUGUCUGGCCGCGGUGGUCUACCUCGUCUCGGCCGUGUACGGAGGUUGUCGGAAGUGUCGUGGCGAGCAAACGGUGAUUUGAUGGAGUGAUUUGGAUGGCGGAUUGUGAAAGGAGAGUGUUGGGGUGAGGGUGGGGGUGUCCACUCCUUACUCUGCACACAAAGUGGUUAAGGGUGGGUUAGAUUUGGGACCUCAACCCAACCUAACGGUCUCCUCCAAUACACGUAUGUCUCUUUUCAAGAAACUUUUCAAGAGACUUUUCAAGAUCAGACUGUGCAGGUUUGUGGAUAUUUUGUUCGUUAAUUUAACUCACUCUCUUCAGCAUUACCCAAAGCCAUUUUUUAUUUGUGUCUGUGUAGCCUAUGUGUUUAUUUUUGUCGUGCUAGCAACAUAUGCUUACAUAAUGGGGAGAAUCGCCUUUCUGAAAACAAGGGAACGAGCCUGUUCUGAAAAAGAGAGGUGCUGUGUUUAGCUUGUGACCUCAAGUGAGAUGUGCAUUAAUGGAACUUUUGCUGUUGUUUUGACCCACUCUUAACAUUCAACAAAUGCCUUUGCCAUUCCAAUCAGUGCCUUCACAUAUUCGCUCUGAAUGCUGUACCUAUGUCUAACAUGUGUGAUGAUAAGGAUAAAGGUACUCCAACAUGACUAACA